ACUAAUGGGUGCUGUCAGCUCAAACAUGUUCAUGCAUCAGGGGUAUCUUCAUAUUUCCACAUACAAACCGCACCUGCCACCAUGCUGCAGAACUGGAGCGACGCUGAAGUAAACUGUCUUAUUUAGACUUAGAAGCUGCGAGGGCCUGUGAAGCUGCGCUAAAAGUGGCCGAGGAAUGGGAGGAACUGGUUCCUCACUCCGAUCCAAGUGCUUAACUCUGUUGGUUGAAAUCCACCCCAUCAACAAUGUGAAGGUUCUGAAAGCGGUGGAUAGCUAUGUUUGGGUUCAGUUCCUCUACCCGCAUGUUGACAGUCAUCCUUUGCCAGAGAACCGUCUGUUACUGAUUUCCGAGGAGAAAUAUAUUGAACAAUUUCAUAUCCAAGUCAUCCAAGAAGAUGGAAAUAGAGUGGUGAUUAAAAAUUCUGGCAAUGUCCCAAAAGAGAGAAUAGCAGAGGAUUUUGUUUGGGCUCAAUGGGAUAUGGCAGAGCAGAGAUUAUACUACAUUGACCUGAAGAGAUCAAGGAGUACCUUAAAAUGUAUCCAGUUUUGUGCUGAUGAGAACUUUAACCUAAUGUUUGAAGCACCUUUGGACAUAUCAUUAAGUGACUCAGGAUUUAAACUUGUCAACUUUGGAUGUGGUUAUCUUCAAGAUCAAGAGAAGUUAUGCAAAUACCCGACUCUGUGCGUUUUUACCAACCGUACAGGAAGUUUAUGUGUGUGCUACAGCCCGAAGUUUGACUCUUGGGAACAAAUCACAUAUUCAGUGUUUUACUUUCAUAAAGGGUACAGCAAGACCUUCACUGCUGCUCUUGGGAGUGCGCACUCACGGGUGACAAAGAGCAUUACUUUCCUUAACCUUGACUAUUACGUGGCUGUUUACUUACCUGGUCAUUUCUUUCAUCUACUUAACAUUCAGCAUCCAGACCUGACCUGCCACAGUCUGUUUUUGACAGGAAACAAUGAAGGGAUGGCUAUGCUACCUCAUGGACCUCUGCAGUCACUGUCGGGGUCCCUGGUGCUGGAUUGGUGUUCUGGGAAGCUCUACAGAGCAUCCCUCAACCAGUCCUAUUUGUUACGGCUCCUGUGGGACACACGGCCAGACUGUGAGAAGAUGGCCGUGUUGCACUGCGUGCUCUCAUGUGGCCGAGACUCGGAGUUUCCGGAAGCCCAGAUGAUUCAAUGGAUUUCUGAGAACAUCUCUGCCUACUAUUCAUUUGACCCCAUUCAGGAAUUUAUAAUUGCUUCUUCAUAUUGGAGCAUAUACCCAGAGACAAGUAACAUGGAUAAACUUUUGCCAUAUUCCUCAGUGCUCACUUGGAAUACAGAAAUUCCUGGAAUAAGCCUUGUGACGGAAGAGAUCACGUUGCCUCUGAUGAAGGUGCAUAGCUUUAAGAACUACUGGGAAAAACUGAAUGCCAACCUGGAAUAUGUUAAGUACUCCAAGCCACACUUACACUAUAACAACAGCGCGGUCAGGAGAGAGUGGCACAGCCUGAUCUCAGAAGAGAAAACAGGAAAAAGAAGGUCCAAGGCGUAUGUGAGGAAUAUUCUUGAUAAUGCAGUAAAGGUGAUUUCUAACCUAGAAGCAAGGAAUUCGGGAUGCGCUUUGGAAAUUCCCUUGGCUCAGGGCGCCACUCCCUCCAGCUGUCUGAUCACACAAGGGCCUUUGACUGGUGUGCUGCGUUCAUUUUGGUCGACACUUGGGCGCUCACUGGUGUAUUGCUGCACAUCCGCAGCUGUGGACUCCACCCUCAUGCACCGUGACGGUGAACUUGUCAGCCAGCCCAGGCAGAUGGAGCCUGGGCCCACUGCACGGCCCCAGGGCCCAGCCUCUGCCUGUUACCAGGCCAUCCAUGAGCCAAGAGUGACACCCCUCUUGCAGGAGGAAGACAGCCACCAGAGGCUGCUUGUGGGGCUGAUGGUGUCUGAACUAAAAGACCAUCUUUCGAGACAUCUACAGGGUGUGGAAAAGAAGAAAAUUGAACAGAUGGUUCUGGACUACAGUUCAAAACUGCUGGACGUCAUUUGCCAAAUACUGGAAACCAGUUGGAGGAAACAUAAUCUUCAUCCCUGGGUUCUCCACUUCAACAGGCGGGCUAGUGCUGCUGAAUCUGCAGUCUUCCACAUCAUGACCAGGAUUUUGGAAGCUACCAACAGUUUGUUUUUACCUCUGCCUCCUGGUUUUCACACUCUGCACACGAUCCUGGGCGUCCGCUGUCUCCCUUUGCAUAACCUGCUGCAUUACAUUGAUAGCGGGGUGCUGCUCCUCACAGAAACGGCUGUCACGAGGCUCAUGCAAGAUCUGGACAACACAGAGAAAAAUGAGAAACUGAAAUUCAGCAUCGUUGUGCGGCUUCCUCCGCUCAUUGGUCAGAAGAUCUGCCGACUUUGGGACCAUCCUAUGAGUUCUAACAUUAUUUCCCGGAACCAUGUGAGGCGGUUGCUUCAGAACUAUAAGAAGCAGCCUCAGAGUUCUAUGACUGACAAGUCGUCAUUCAGUGUGGAAUUUCUGCCUCUGAACUACUUCAUUGAAACACUGACAGAGAUAGAGUCCUCCAACCAAGGCCUGGAUGCUUUCAUAGGACAUGACAACGUGGAUGCAAAAUUUGUGGAGGAAGCAGCUCUGAAACACACCACAAUGCUUUUAGGCUUAUAAAAAAGAAAAUAUAUAAUUGUGUCAGCUUCCAAGUUUUACUCUUGCUCAUUAGCUCUACUUCUACUGAGAAUUCUCUAGCAAUAUUUGAAACUGGUUACCAAAAUCAGAAUGCAUUGUUGAGCCAUCUGAACGUUAGUUUGGUACUUGUUCAGACUGAAGUCAACUGCUGUCCCUCAUCCCAGUUUUGGACAGCCGAUGACAGCCACGUGUGGAGACAUGACAGCCAGCCCCGGAGGCAGGCAGUGGUAUAAAGGAUGCUCUUCCUAGGGGCCACAUAGGCCAAAAGCUGGUUUCUGUCGCACUCGGAAAUAAUCUAUGCUUUAAAAAUGUAGGGACUAGUGUGUAGAAAAACAAAAACUAGUAAGUGUCAUUGAAAAUAACAUAUGACAAGUGGAAAAAUUAAAUGUAUGUGUAAAGAGGAUAGCUUUUAAAAAACUGAAUUUGGAUUAAGUCAAAUCUGCUAUUUCCAGUAUAGAAAAAUUUGUAACAUACAGCAAUUUGUACAUACUGUCUAUUCAGAGUAAGAUUUUACUUUUUGUUAUGGUUCAGAUGGAACUGUAUUUAAUGUGUUUAAGCUUUUUUAUAUUUAUAAAAGUUUGAUUUAGAAAUAACUUAUCAUUAAAAAACGAAACCAAAAAA